AGCAUACAUUCACCAUCACCAUCUUGAAGAAGAUCACUUUGUACUCCUUCACGUGAGUAUAACAUCAAGACAGGAUGGCUUCUCAGGAUAAUGACGAUAGAAAGGCACAAUUCCAAGAAUCCGUCAAGGAGAUGAGAGGAUUGUUGGGUCAACAUGGUAAUCAACCUGGUUGGGACCUCGCAUGGAAACAAGGUCUGACACCUUGGGAAACCAUGUUGGGCGUUCAAGUUCAACCCGGAUUACGAUGGGCAUGUGAACAAGAUAAUUCCCUAAGCAAGCUUAUACCAAAAGAUAAAGGAAAAGUUCUUAUCCCAGGUUGUGGACGUGGUCAAGAUGUGGUGUACUUUGCUACACAAAGAGGGUUAGAUGCGAUCGGGAUCGAUAUCAGUACGACUGCCGUUCAAAGAGCACGAGAGCAUAUUCAACAAACACAAGAACAAGCGCAAGAAUCAGAGAAAGAAGCUAUUCAGAAACAUGCUCAAAUCGUUGUAGCUGAUUAUCUUGAUCCAGAAGCAGAGUCAGGUCCACACAAAAAUGCAUUAUUGCAAGGAGCGGAUUUAGUGUAUGAUUAUACCUUCUUCUGUGCAUUGCCACACUCUUUGCAUACCCAAUGGGCACAAUCCCAUGCUGCUGCACUUAAGCAAGGUGGUUUAUUGUUCUGUGUGGUUUAUCCGUUAUGGCCUGCCGAUUCUCAGGAACCUGCACCUGGACCGAAUGUAGGACCGCCUUUUAUCGUGAGUAAGGAAAAGUAUACAGAACUACUUCAACCUCAAUUCACUCUUGAAUUCGAAGGUGUGCCGCCUAAUCUGGCCGAACAUGCUAAAGGCCGUCAAGAAAUAAUGAUUUGGCGUAAAAAGUGA